UCCACGCCUGACGCCACCACACGUGUCUGACUCACGUUACUGACUCCUCCACACAUCUGCCUUACCUACAGUUACAUCUGACUAAACAAGUUCCGACUGACAUGCCUUCUUAGACUACCAGCCCCGUCACACCUGGCUAGUGCGUGGGGCUGUACCCUGUGACCUCGUAUAAAAACACCAGCAACCCGUGUCGUCUCUCAGUGAGCACCCAACAGCUCUGGAAGGAAGGUGACGACUGCGCCGACCCACGUCCUACCAGCACUGCGCAAUAGAGAAGUAACCAAACAGCCGUCGAUAUGGUGAGUGUGGAGAGAGGUGUUGGAGCCUUAGUGCUGCUGCUGUUGCUGUUCCAGUUGGCUCACACAAAGAGCGCUACCUGCCAACAUGACUGUAUACCAGUGCGUCAGUGCCCACAGCUGCACUGGCUACUGCUCCAUCCCUCCCCGGAAAACACUGACACUCUGCAGCGGAGCACCUGCGCCUACAAGAACAGCCAACCUAUAGUUUGUUGUCCCCGAAAUGCCAUCAAGUUCCCCAAGACCUGCGGCCUUUCUGAACAUCAUCGUGGAGGAGGAAGGGAAUUGCCCAUCGCCGGUUACACUUGGAAGGCAUUGUUAGGAUACAGACAAACUGGCUCCUCGAGAAUAUCGUUCCUGUGUGGUGGGUCAGUGAUCAGUGAAAGAUACAUAUUAACUUCCGCUCACUGCGUGGAUGCGUCUUCAACAGGAGGGAGUAAGCUUGAAGUUGUCCGGGUGGGAGAAUGGGACAGGAGUACCGAACCCGACUGUAUGAUAAACAUAGUAGGAAAUACUAUUUGCUCACCUCCUGCUCAGGACUUUACCAUAGAAGAGGCUAUUCCUCACCCGAACUAUAACAAAAGAGGACAAAUUUCUGAUGACAUCGCCCUUAUCAGACUCGUCAGCUCCAUAGACCUUAAUGGACCUUGGAUUACUUCGCGUUUGUCUGCCUCCUCAAAGUACAGGAUUCCAGGACUUAUCUACUGUGCAGGACAUUUUUUCGGCUGGUUGGGGCCUAUCUAACUCAGGGAAAGCUAGUGAGGGCCCCAACAUGUUGAGCUAUCCAUUGUUGAUCACGCACAGUCUCAACGAAACCUACCGUGGAAAUCUUCUUAAAGAGCAGAUCUGUGCAGGAGGUUGUGAUAAAGCAAAGGCUCCUUAGUGGGUGAAGGAGGCAGCGCCCUGCUAGCGGCGGGGACCCCUUUCUUCCAAAUUGGUGUUCUGUCUUAUGGCUUACCUGUAUGUGGUGGACUGGAUGUGCCUGGGAUUUACACCUCCGUCAGUCACUACAGGCUCUGGAUUGAUGUGACUA